AAGCCACAGCCGGUCCCCGAAAAGCCGCAGCCAGUCAGCGAGACUGUGCACUCGAAGCCCGAGCCACUGCGGCGCCCGCGCCUGGCCCCUGGCACGCCCGUGCAGCCGUGCCCUGUGCCGGAGUCGCUGCUCACGUGGGCCAACUGGGGACCCGUGCGAAGCUGUCUUCGCGUGAGGGCGCUGGUGGUCAAGAACUUGCUGAAGAUCAUGCGCCGGGUCAUCACGGUGGUGUUCCAGCUGGUGGUGCCGUCUUGCGUGGGCGUCGUGUUCUGCCUGUUCGUGGGCGGCAAGCCGUACGACUUGCCCGUCGGAGUGGUGAACGAGGACCAGAACGGGUCGUUCAGCCGGGCCUUCCUCGGCCAGAUCUCCGACGAGACCGUCCUGCAGAAGCCAUACUCGGACAUCCGCAAGGCCUUCGAUGCGGUGCUGGACGAACAGGCCUGGGGCACCCUCCACAUACCGCCCGACUACACGGAAGCACUGAAUGCCAGGGUGCACUCGCGUGAUAUCGACGAUUCCAGCCCACUGUACCCGAUCAACUUCUUCCUGGACGCGACCGACUACACCAUCCGCAACACCCUGCAGUUCGAGAUCGCCGAGGCGCAUAACAGGUACCUGAAGCUGCUCUCCUACAACUUGACCAGCUUGAACUUCUCCGUCCAGACGAUACGGUUCACGGAUCCUUUCUACAAGGCCUUCGACUUCACGUUCCGGGAGUUCAUGAGUCCGGGCAUCAUCGUUUCGACGCUGUUCGCCAUGUCCAUGUCCCUGACGGCGCUGUUGCUCGUCGCCGAGAACCAGGAGGGAAUCCGGGGACGCUCUGUCGUAGCCGGCGUGACCUCGGUGGAGGUGAUCGUGGGCCACGCGUUGGUGCAGAUGUCCAUGGCGUACAUGCAGACGGUGCUCAUGCUGGUGGUGUUCGUCAGCGUCUUCGACACCCCCGUGCGCGGAAGCCUGGGCUCCGCCUUCGUCAUACCCGUGCUCAUGGCGCUCUGCGGCAUGAACUUCGGGUUCCUGACUUCGUCGAUGUCCAAGGACGAGGCGACGGCCCUGCUGCUGUCGAUGGCCGCCCUCUAUCCGGCGCUGCUCAUGGGAGGCGUGCUGUGGCCCGUGGAGGGCACCCCGGCGGUGCUCCGUCGAGUGAGCUGGUCGGUGCCGCAGGCUCUUCCCGCGCACGCCAUGCGCGGCGUGAUGCUGCGCAACUACACCUUCGACAACUGGCACGUCGUGCAAGCGGUCGGGGCGACGACCGGCUGGACGCUGGUCUUCAUGGCGCUCUCCAUGAUUAUGUACUCACUCUCCAAGUGAACAGGCACACAUUAUAACGACGAUCGUAUUGCGCCUCCUGUUCGCCUGUCUCGU